AGACAAUGGACAAUGCUGCAGUGGAAAUUCUGGCUCUUGUUUUAGGGCUUGCUGGCAUCUUUCUUUUAAUCCUGGCGAAUGAAAUAGACUGCUGGAGGCACGACGCAAAGGACCAGUUCUCAUCAGUGGGCCUAAGUGUCAGGUGUCGGGGCCUGUGGAGUGAAUGCGUCUUUGAUAACACAGCAAACAUGUGGACCUGUGACAGUCCCCUCUCGUUCCUGGGAGACCUGCCUGUGGAAAUGGUUGUAACAAGGGCUGUGGUUGUAAUAACCUGUACAGUCUGUAUCUUGGCUAUCCCGGGACUCAUUUGUGGAAUGAGGUGUACAAAGCUCAUCAGUGACAUCCAAAAUCAGAAAGUCAAACUAAUCCUGAGCUCCGGCAUUCUCUUCCUCUUUGGAGGUGUAUCUGGUGCUGUUGGACUUCUCUGGUAUGGUGCUGACACCUUGAUCAAAUACAGACAAGAGGUUAAAUUUGGAAUUCCUGGGGUGACUUAUGAGCUGGGCUUUUCCUACUGGCUGGCAGCAGGGGCAGUGGCCUGUAUAGUGACUAGUGCAGUAACACUUCUGACACAGCACUGCAUGGCUCAGAGGAAGGCAGACUUCAGGUCUGGACCCACGGUACUGCCUCUAAGCCAUUGGAGUCAUUUGAAAUACCCAGGACACAGAACUGAAAAUGGUCAAACAUACAUAUAACGGGACAUUGCUGGGCUACUCUUCAUUCUGAAGACACUGUCAAUUCUAGUAAGUGACAUGGGAGUAAAGUGAAUUACAAGGUGGGUUGCUUGAAAGAAACGUCCGCAUACUGCUUUUGGAAUAUGCUUUUGUUUUUCCUUUUGUCUUUUUUUUAAUUGCCCAAUUGGCAAUUUAAUAUUCUAAUAUUCUUAGUACUGCCAUAGCUUUGAGAAAAUCCUUUAAAAGCAAAAAAAGGUUGCCUGUGCAGCUACACAUUAUGCAUGACCUGUGCUUCUAUAAUUAUUUCUACUUCUGUGUAUCUGUAAAAUUCUAUGCAUACACAACACUCUGCAAAAAAAAAAAAGAGA